CAAAAAUGUUUGAUUCACGCAUUCACACCAACAGUGACUGUACAUUAGUGUCGCUGUUGAUUGAAGUAGCUGCGGAGGCUGAAGCUGGGAUGUCCCGGUUUGAAUUUGUGCUGGAGUACAAGCUUUUGGAGAUUUAUCCUCAUGAGGUCAAAGUCAGGUUUGUUGAUGGUGUUGAGACAGGAAAGGAAAUAAAGGAGCAACUUCAAGAAGCGAGCAUAGAUAUGAAGACCAGGCCCUUCCCUGACGUCAUCUGUUCAAUGUUUGUCGUGCAGGAGUCAUCGGACAGCCGAGAAGAGGAGACGGAUGAUGACUCUGGCAGCACAAUCCUCUUUGACUUUAAAUAAGAGACAGGAUUGUUUUGUCUAGACUGCUGUUACUAUUUUAACAUUUGACUUUUAGUGAAUAUUGAUUCAUUAAUGUCUGAAGCAGUUUGGAUUGCUUAGAAAAUGGGAGAUUUUUACACUUCAUUUUUGUCACAAAUAUAUAUUUUUUUUCUUUCAUGUUUUUCUUUCAUGUUUUUUCUUACAUAAAAAUUCAACUGUUUUUGAUACAUUUUUAUAUAAUGAAAUUAGAUAACUCUUAUUAUUGUAUAUAUUGUCAAAAAUAAAUGGAGAAAUCUU